CGAGGCGGGUGCCGUCGGUCCCGCGCUGCGCGCUCCCUUCCGCGUUCCGCCGUCUGCCCCGCCUGGCAACCCGGCCCUGCUCGGGGGCCGCUAGCCAUGGCCGGAGUGCCCUGGACACAGCGCUGACGGCGGCUGGCGGAGUGCGCCAUGCCCAGCAGGACCGACCCCAAGAUGGACCGGAGCGGCGGCCGCGUCCGUCUGAAGGCGCACUACGGCGGGGACAUCCUGAUUACCAGCGUGGACCCCACGACAACUUUCCAGGACCUCUGUGAGGAAGUGCGAGACAUGUGUGGCCUGCACCAGCAGCACCCACUCACCCUCAAGUGGGUGGACAGUGAAGGUGACCCUUGUACUGUGUCCUCACAGAUGGAGCUGGAGGAGGCCUUCCGCCUGGCCUGUCAGGGCAGGGACGAAGUGCUCAUCAUCCACGUUUUCCCAAGCAUCCCAGAACAACCGGGCAUGCCUUGUCCUGGAGAAGACAAGUCCAUCUACCGCCGUGGAGCCAGAAGAUGGAGGAAGCUAUACCGAGCCAACGGCCACCUCUUCCAAGCCAAGCGCUUUAACAGGAGAGCGUACUGUGGCCAGUGCAGCGAAAGGAUAUGGGGCCUCGCGAGGCAGGGGUACAGGUGCAUCAACUGCAAGCUGCUUGUCCAUAAACGCUGCCACGUCCUCGUCCCGCUGACCUGCAGGAGGCAUAUGGAUUCUGUCAUGCCUUCCCAAGAGCCUCCAGUAGAUGACAAGAACGAUGGUGUAGACCUUCCUUCAGAAGAAACUGAUGGAAUUGCUUAUAUUUCUUCAUCUCGGAAACAUGACAAUAUCAAAGAUGAUUCUGAGGACCUUAAGCCUGUCAUCGAUGGGGUGGAUGGGAUCAAAAUCUCUCAGGGGCUGGGGCUGCAAGACUUUGACCUCAUCAGAGUCAUCGGGCGUGGAAGCUAUGCCAAGGUCCUCCUGGUGCGGUUGAAGAAAAACGACCAGAUUUACGCCAUGAAGGUGGUGAAGAAGGAGCUCGUCCACGACGAUGAGGAUAUCGACUGGGUGCAGACAGAGAAGCACGUGUUCGAGCAGGCAUCCAGCAACCCCUUCCUGGUUGGCUUACACUCCUGCUUCCAGACAACGAGCCGGUUGUUCCUGGUCAUCGAGUAUGUCAACGGGGGGGACCUCAUGUUCCACAUGCAGAGGCAGAGGAAGCUUCCAGAGGAACACGCCAGGUUCUAUGCUGCUGAGAUCUGUAUCGCUCUCAACUUCCUACAUGAGAGAGGGAUCAUCUACCGGGACCUAAAACUGGACAACGUCCUCCUCGAUGCCGAUGGACACAUUAAGCUGACGGACUACGGCAUGUGCAAGGAAGGCCUAGGCCCCGGCGACACAACAAGCACUUUUUGUGGAACCCCGAACUAUAUCGCCCCCGAAAUCCUGCGAGGAGAAGAGUACGGGUUCAGCGUGGACUGGUGGGCGCUGGGUGUCCUUAUGUUUGAGAUGAUGGCUGGGCGCUCCCCCUUUGACAUCAUCACAGACAACCCUGACAUGAAUACUGAAGACUACCUUUUCCAAGUUAUCCUGGAAAAGCCAAUUCGGAUUCCCCGUUUCCUGUCUGUCAAGGCCUCACACGUCUUGAAAGGAUUUUUAAAUAAGGAUCCCAAAGAGAGGCUUGGCUGCCGGCCGCAGACUGGGUUUUCCGACAUCAAGUCCCAUGCCUUCUUCCGAAGCAUAGACUGGGACCUGCUCGAAAAGAAGCAGACCCUGCCUCCCUUCCAGCCCCAGAUCACAGAUGACUAUGGCCUGGACAACUUCGACACGCAGUUCACCAGCGAGCCCGUACAGCUGACCCCAGAUGAUGAGGACGUCAUAAAGAGGAUCGACCAGUCCGAGUUCGAAGGCUUCGAGUACAUCAACCCGCUUCUGCUGUCUGCUGAGGAGUCCGUGUGAGGCCAUGAGCAUCUCUGUUGUGGACACGUCUGUGAAUGACCCUGUCACUUUACCCUUAACUACAGCAUAUGCAUGCCAGGCCAGACACCGAGGCUCCAAGCAGCCAGAGAGGGAUGCUGGCCACCAAGACCGCAGAGGGGGCACCCAACAGGCACUUCUAGACAGAGCAAUCUCUUGUGUCCAGGCCCCAGAGGCUGGCUUUGUGCUGGAAGGAACCACUUCCUGUGCCCGUGGCGGCCCUACCAGAGGGUGAGACAGCCAUGCCGUCUUGAAAGGCGCACAUCUUCCACAGAGACAGAACUCGAUGCACUGAUCCGCUCCAGGAAAAGUUAGCGUGUAAUGCCCUGAGGAAUAAAGUGUACUGAUGAUGUCGAAGCUUCCUCUGAUGCCUUUUUUCUGUGGCACCCGCCUGAUGUCCCCAAUGCAGCCCCCCACACGAGGAGGAGCUGCGCUUUCCAAGCAGGCAGAACGUAGGCAGGGGACGGGCACCCAAGUGCCUGCAGGGAUGUUGUGCUGCAACAAGAAUUGUUACAGAUUCGGAACGUUUUCUAAAUCCCGGUAAGUUCUGUUGUUAAUAUUUAACAAGUAUUUUCAUACCUAGGGCAGCUAACCGUGGUAGGCUGAAGCCGAAGGGACACCCCGGCCAGGUUGGUGGCGCUGUUCCCACCAGCCCAGCCCGUUCGGACUCUGAAGGGGGGGAAAUUGGAUCACGGAGAUUCUAAAACAUUGCUCACC